AUGUCGGAUGAUGUUCCAGAAUUAUCAGCAGACACAUUGGCUGCGUUGGCAGCAUUUAGAGCUGAACAAGAAGCAAGUUUGACAAAUGAGAAUGCUUCUAUCAGUGAAGAUUGGCAGGUUUGUAAUUAUUCGAACAUGAGCUAUGACGUGGCAAGCGUUUUGAGUGGAGAAAUCUGAAUUGUUCCGGAGGAACUUUAUAAAAAAAAAUUAAAAACAAACUGCCACGUCAUAACUGAUCUUGAGCUAAUACGAUUUUCAACAUUGUUUUCAGCUCUCUCAAUUUUGGUACAACGAUGACACAUCUCGAAAACUAGUUCGCGAAGGCAUAACAACAGCUCUGAAAAAUGUGCAAAAUUCCGAGAUUCCCUAUAUCGGAUGUGUUUCUUCUCCAACACUUGUUAGAUUUUUCCACGAGACCGAGGUAUAUCCUAAUCCUUUUUUCUUCAAAAAAAAAGAAAUAUAUAUAGAAAAACUGAAUAAGCCGAUUAUUCUUUCUCUGUCUGCUCACUUCUCACAUGAUAAUCCUUCUCUGCUCAAAUUCUUAAAGUAUAAUGUUAUUUUUUUGCAGGAAUACAAAUCUGGUAAAUUUCAUUUGCGAUUAUUCGAGUACGAUGAUCGAUUUGGUUUGAAGUUUCCUGAUGAAUUUGUGCAUUUCGAUUAUAAAUCACCCACCGUUCUUCCUCCUGAAUUGGUUGGAAAAUUCGAUGUGAUUAUUGCUGAUCCACCAUUUUUGGCUGCAGAAUGUUUGAUUAAAACCGCACAUUCUGUUAGAUUAUUAGGAAAACCUGAUGUGAAAAUUGUUUUGUGUACUGGAGCUAUAAUGGAGGAUUAUGUAAGCAUUUUAUGGUUUCUUCAUGAACUUUCAAAUUUAUAUUUUUUAAAUAGUUGUUCUUCUAGAAAAUGAGGCUAUGGUCGCUUCAAAAUUUUUCUCAAACCUGAUCUGCUCCGAUUCCUACUUUUUAGAAAAAUAUAUGUUUCCUAGUAGUUUCUAACCUGUCAAUAACGAUCCCGUCGUCAAACAUUUCAGAAUUCACCUCCUAAUAUAAGUUUUGACGUGGCAAACUUAUUGUUAGAACAAUUUGUAAAAUCUAGAGUAUACGAAGUUAUGAAGUCUCGAUUUCUCAAAAUGCUCAACUUUUGCCACGUCAUAACAACGAGAUGAAUUCUCCAAUUUUUGACGAAAUGAUCGUGAUCAGCUGGUCAAAGCUUACUAGGAAACUUGUAUUUUAUUAAAAAUUUCGAGGGAAAGGUGAAACAGUUCCCUUGACAGGUUUUGGGAGAACAAUUUUGAACAGAGCCAGAUUCCUGGAAUACGUUUCAAAAACUCAAGUAUCCCCUUCAUACAUCAUUUUUCCUUUCAAAUCUUUCACAAUAUGAAUUAUUUCAGGCCGCCCGAUUAUUAGCAAUGCAUCGAACAGAAUUCGAGCCCAAACACGCUAAUAAUUUAGCCAACGAUUUUGCAUGUUUCGCCAAUUAUCAAACUUUCACAUUAUAA